CUCACCAACCGCCUCUCUUUGAACGGCGACCCAAACCUACGAAGCUCUCUCGCUCCGCCAUUCCCCACGUCCACGGAAUUCCAAAUCCCUAACCCUAAUUCUCGUCCCCGUCCCCCCAAAUCCCCUAAUGCCUCUCCAAAUUUGGAUUUGAAUUCGGAGUGGAUCUUUCGAUCUCUGUGACAUGGGCACACCUCAUGUGAAUCUCGAUCUCAAUGGCGCGGAGAUCCGCGGAGAAUUGGACGAGAGGAACCCUCCAAUCUAUUUGCCCAACCAACCCUCAGAUUCCCCUCUUCUCGCGCUUGAUAUCGGAGGGACUUUGAUCAAGCUCGUGUACUUUUCCAAUGGGAAAGAGGGGAAUGCGGGGGGUGAGAGAGGGGUUCGGAAACUUGGUGGGAAGUUGCAUUUCACGAAGUUUGAAACGCGGCGACUUGAUGAGUGCUUGGAUUUUAUUGUGUCAAAGAAGCUCCUUUGUGGAAUGACUACAGGGUCAAGUAAAGAACAUGUGGUAAUAAAGGCUACAGGUGGUGGAGCAUUUAAAUUUGCUGAUGUCUUCAAGGAGAAGCUAGGUGUUUCUCUUGAUAAGUUGGAUGAAAUGGAUAGUGUUGUAGCUGGAGCAAACUUUUUGCUGCAGAAAAUUCCUGGUGAAUCCUUCACACACAUGAAUGGAAAACGGACUCUUGUAACUAUUAGUCCGAAGAACUUGUUUCCAUACCUUCUUGUCAAUAUUGGCUCAGGUGUUAGUAUAAUAAAGGUCACUGGAACUAGGAAGUUUGAAAGGGUAAGUGGGACCCACAUCGGUGGGGGCACCAUGUUUGGUUUAGCAAAACUUUUAACUGGUUGCAAAAGUUAUGAUGAGUUCUUGAAGUUGAGCCAGAAAGGGGACAAUCUUGUUCUUGAUUUGAUUGUCAAAGAUAUUUGUGGGGAACUGGUUUGCCAAAAGCAAGGUCUUUCAGCGUCAACUCUUGCUUCUAGCUUUGGGAAAGUGAUAACGUCUAAAAGGAAGCUCGCGGAUUACAAACCUGAGGACCUUGCUGCUACCCUAUUAAGUGCUUUUACUUAUAACAUUGCACAAAUUUCUUUCCUUGUAGCAUCACUCUUGGGGCUCAGGAAGGUUUUCUUUGGAGGAUCGUAUAUUCGUGGUCAUACAAGCACAAUGGACAACAUUAGUUAUGCAAUUGACUUCUGGUCAAAAGGUCAGAUGCAAGCACUCUUUUUACGCCAUGAAGGGUUUUUAGGAUCUCUUGGUGCAUUAACUAGUUAUGGAAACAUUGAUACUGAUAGCCUGACACUUGAGGAUUCAAAAGAACAAGAUAUAUUCCAUGACUCAUCUGCACCUAUUGAUGGAAAGUUAGCAGCUGAACAUACGGAAAGCAACAUCUUUCCUUAUCUACUUGUUAAUAUUGGCUCAGGUGUUAGCAUGGUUGAGGUGAUUGGAAAGGGAAAGUUUGAGCGUAUUAUUGGGACCCACUUAGGUGGCGGUACUAUCCUUGGUCUUGCAAGGCUGCUGACGGGCUGUUCCAGUUAUGAAGAGUUUUUGGAGUUGAGCCAAAGGGGUAAUAAUUUAUCAGUAGACUUGACUGUUGGGGAUAUAUAUGGUGAGCAAGGUUAUCUGAAGCAUGGUCUCCCAGCGUCUACUACUGCUUCUAGCUUUGGGAAGGUAAAUUCGAACAAGCUUUCAGAUUACAAAGUAGAGGAUCUUGCUGCAGCUCUCUUGAGUGCUUUCAGUUACAAUAUUGGACAAAUAGCCUAUUUCGUGGCAACUCUAUCAGGGAUGAAGAGAAUUUUCUUUCGAGGAACAUACGUUUGUGGUCAUGAAAAGACUAUGGACAAGAUUUCUCGAGCACUUAAAUAUUGGUCCAAAGGCCAAGUCCAAACGACAUUCCUUUGCCACGAGGGAUUCUUAGGAACUCUAGGAGCUUUUUGGAGCUAUGAAAGCAUGGGCAUUGACGGCUUGGCCGCCCCUGAGGUCAUAAAGGAGGUCUUGCUUGGCGCUCCUUACACUGGAGGACAAUUUCCAACUCUACCUCCGAGUCAGCAGAAUGACCGUAAUGAUGCUAUCGACCUCAGGACAGAAGUUGAGAAGCUAAAACAUGACAAUGCAAUGCUCAGAGCCAUGGUAGAAAGGCUACAAUGUGAAAAUGAAGAGCUCAAAGCUAAGUCUCGGCAAUCAUAGCAUAAACAUUAUAUGACAACAUCCCAAGAAAGAGAUGAUCAGUUUCGCAACAUGAAGCAAAACAACAAAAUUGGAGCAAAUAAGGUUUCGAGCCCGGCAUCAGAAUUUUGGCUACAGCUUCUGGGCCGAAAAUUAUCCCAAUCUUUUAUGUAUUAUUGUUAUUCAUGUUAUCGAUCUGUUUGUAUGUAGAGUUAGAAAUGUUUUUGUAGUUAGUUCCAAAUUGUUGCAUGUUUUUCAUAAGCCCCUUCUAGUAUGUAGACUAUUGAAUCUGCACUUUCUUUGGUAUCAAAUGAUUGUAGAACCAAGAUGAUUUGAUUUGUAACAUCAUAAAUUGAAGGGAGUUAAUUUUAAACUAACUUCUUUAUUUGAAAUGUAAUAUUGGAUUGAA